AUGGACAAGCUUUCCCAAAAGUGGAAGGGGAUUAAAGUUGGUAGACGAGAGAUAGUGAUUUCUCACCUCAUGUUUGCUGAUGAUUUACUAUUAAUAUUCGAAGAAGUUGAUGAGAAACAUAUGCAUUGUGUCAUGAAAUUUUUGAGGGAAUUUGGUGACAUGUCCGAACAAGAAGUUAGUCAUGAGAAGACAAGUAUUCUUUUCUCUAAAAAUGUUACUCAGGAUAUGCAAACAAGAUUGUUGCAGAUUUAUAACUUUAGAGUAAUAAGGUGCUUUGGAAAGUAUCUUGGAGUCCCGAUUAGUGGUAAGAAGCCGCGUAAACUGGAUCUUCAAUACAUUUUGGAUCAAGUAGCCUUUAAGCUUAAUAGCUGGAAGCGAAACUGUUUGUCAUUGGCAGGGCGCAUAACUUUGGCCAAGAGUGUAAUUCAAGCCAUUCCGCUGUAUUCGGUGAUGACAAACAUGAUACCUAAAUCGCGCAUUGAUGAUAUUCAUAAGUUACAAAGGAAAUUUAUAUGGGGUGAUAACAAUGAUAAAAAAAGGAUACAUGCUAUAGGAUGGGAUACCUUAACAAAACUAAAGGAGUUGGGUGGAGCUUUGGUGUCAAGUUUUGAAAAAAAAAUAUCAGGUUCAAAUGGAAUGAGUAUUGGGAGAGCCAAAGGAACUGACUCUAGCAUUUGGAGAGACAUAACUGAUAACCUCUGUGGAGCUCGAGUGUGUGGCUUAGUUGAUCAUCAUGGAGAGUGGAAUAUUGACAUUCUGCAUGAUUGGCUUCCCGCACAUUGGAUUGACAAGAUUCGAUCUUGUGUGCCUCCGUGUGAGGGAGAAACCUCUAAUGUGUUUUAUUUUGCAGGUACUGGCGAUGGUAAUUUUUCAGUGCGAGAAAUGUUUCGAGAAGUAAAAGGAUACAAGGACAGAACCAUUGAUGAAGAGUGGAAGUUGAUUUGGAAAUUAAAGGUGCCAAAGAGAUGA